GCCCCGCGCCAUUCAAUUGUAAGCCUUCGUAGCCGACGCGCGCGCGCAGUGACACGUUUAAGUUGAAAACAAGUGCCGCGAAGUGAUAAAAAUGGCUUCCAAAAUCCCUCUACACGUGCUAAAUGUCGUCUUCACGAUAUUCGGACUGAUCCUCUUCAGUGGUUCUAUUGCCUUCUUCUGUUACAUCAACAUGUUCGUCACGCUUCGGAACAGCAAUCAUUACCUUCUGGACUAUAAUGUGUACUGGCCUCAAGCGGUCCCGUGGAUGUUCUUUGUGACGUCACUGUUUGUGAUCUUCAGUGCCUGCUGCGGAUGUAUCGGGGCCAAGAGAAACAGUAAGUCGAUGGUUACUACUUACGGGAUAUUCGUCUCUGUAGCUACAUCUUUACUGUUGGGCAUGGCUAUAGUUGCCCUAGUUUGCGCUGAUGGUCCUAGGACAGAUAAUUUCAUCAGAGACACAAUCUGGGACGCAUAUUCGCAAAUGAAAGACCAUCCUGAACUUGAACAGUACUUUGGAAACGUCGAGAAACGUCUAUAUUGCUGCGGCGCAGAUAGCCCAAGAGAUUACGUCAGCUGGAGAAACGAAUUCCCUCAAUCGUGCUGUGAUGUCGUCAGGUACAGUUUUCUAGAUGCCUAUCCCAUUGACUGUAGUACGACCAACAAGCUAGCCAAUGAGAGACACGGAUGUUCAGAAGUCGCAGCACAAUAUGCAAGAAUCGGCAUCAAAGUUUUGUCUGGAGUCUCCAUUUUCACUGCCUUAAUUGGCUUGUUAACGCUCGCCGUUGCUUUUUCAACGUCUAAGAAAAUCAAGAACAGGAGGAGAACACCUCAAGUGAUAGAUGGGAGAGAAUUAGAAACCAAAAAAGUGCUUCUAUAAAGACUCUAACUAAUUUAGUGUUAAGACUGUAUUUGUGCUUGUUUCUAUCCUCAAAAAAGCGAGAGUAAGUAACAUUUUCUCUAAGCGAUGACGUAACAUAUGUUGUAAGACUUGCUAGUGUAGCUUCAUUUGACACUAUUUAUUUGAAUCAUUUAGUUUAAUGGCAUUUAUCAUUAGCACAAAAGCCAAAAAGACCCAACCCAUUUUAUUGUAAACGUAAAUGUAUUGUUAAUCGCUUGAACGUUAUGGUC